AUGUUUGUAGAUUACUCCGGUCUGGAGUGCUACACGGAUAUCAACGCGUCCUUUGGCAAGCUGGUCAACACGUACUGCUGUUUUGUCCGCUGCGAGUCCAUCGGCGAGCAGCUCGGGAUCCUGAAAAGCCUGGUGCCAAGAUACUACGAAGUUGCGGCACUCACUGACACAGAUUUCGCCAGCGGAGGCGCUGGCGGAUUGACGGCGAAACUGCUGGCCAUGGCCAUGACCCUGCACCAGAUCAUCGACUGUGCGGCCGUGCUACAAAAAUGCGACAGCGUAAUACCCAUCGAGGUCGCCAACCCGGGCAGCUUUGGCUUCGGCGCCGCUACGGCGCCGCUGCGUCAAAGCUACGCCAGGCUCUUGGAUGACUGGGCCCACUACAUGGGGCCGUCGUCGCUGAGGCGCACAGGAUGGGCUGCCCGGCUGCAACGCAGAAUCCCCUGGCGGCAGUCCCGCACUAUCAUCAUCCCCAUGCUUUUCAUCGGCAAUUCUGCAACGAGCGUCAACGACCUCAAUAGCGUGCUGCAUGGUUGUGAGAUUAGGCACGCCAGCGAGAUUCCGCUGCAGCUGCUCUGGACCUCAUCGCCGGAGCUGUCGUAUGCCACGCCGCAGGCCAUCUGGCCGCGUUACGAGUCUUACGAGUCUGCCUUCAACAAGCGUACAGAAGGCGAAGGCGAAGGCGAGGGCGAAGACGAAGACGAAGAGGUCCCAGAAGGACGAGGGCGCAAGUGCGUGCUGCAGCUGGAGACACUGUUGGGAGCACUGGCCACUACGGACCCGCUGUUCCAGUGGUAG